GCUAGCUAAGCAUUUUUUUAUUUUUGGAUAGAUCAAGAAGCCCAAAUAUAUUGUAAACCGCAAGUAUUUCAACCCUGAAUGUACUGUAAAUUGCAUGUAUUUCAACUUUGUGCUUAAAUCAACGUCUUAAAUCAGGCUACCAGCAGGAGGAUUUGGAGAUAGAUCUAGCUACAUGGUGUGGUGCUGUUCUGCCCAAUCUUAGGACGCUGCCCAAUCUUUGGACAUAAAAUUGCCCUGUCUUAAGACUGGGCAGGGUGUCACAAGAUUGGGCAAAAGACCAUGUUAGGCCCAUCUUUGGCGCCUUUUAGAUUUUAAAAAAGGGAUGUACCACAUGAGCUCUGUUUUUUGCAAGACCCAAAAAACAUUCUCAGGCACAUUAAAACAUCAUAUUUUGGGUACUGUUGAAUUGACCCGGCUUGUUUUUGGACACAGUAGAGUAAAAAUCGUAUCUAGCCAGUUAGCUGGGUAGAGCACGUGUUAUACAUUUAGCAUUUAUAUACUGCUUGUAGUAGUGGCUAAAUUUUAAAAAUAAAAAGUUUAUGUUCAUGAAGAAUCAGAAAAAUCGUAUUCAACCAUAUUAUUAGUUAGCUAGCUGUUAAUUUUAUUGGAUGAGAUGUUUAGCCAGCUAGCGAGCUGUAGCGAGCUAGCUAAUAAUAUAAUAAUAUAUAUAAUAAUAAACAUAUAUAAUAAUAUAUGAAUUUUUGACCUUAUGAUUUUCCAAGAAAAGUUUCAAUUUAAAGUUUCUAUUAAGAGGUAAAUUCUAAAAACCUUAUUUUUCUGUUUGUCUUCCACAAUUGUUCAAAGAUUGGGCAUGUAUGUCCAUAGAUUGGGCAGUCCAGUCUUAAGACUGGCCACCCAUUUUUCACUGUCGGAAGAUUGGCCUGGCCAGUCUUAAGACGGGGCACGUUCCAAGAUUGGGCAGAACAGUGCUGUUCCGACCCAUAUUGACCUCUUGCCCCGUAUUGACCGAAUUUUGGACCCAACCAGUUUUGACGGGAGUUGACCCGUAUUGACGGAGUUUAGCAAAGUAAUAUUUUUCUGCAGAUGCUUUUCAAAGCACAUUAAAAAACCAACUUCAAAAUGAAAAUAAACUACAUUCCUCUGUAUUUUUCAACUUGCAGAUAUAAUAGAAUAAAAUUUCAGCAGUAAAUAAAGACCCAAAUUGACCAAACACCCUCUGGUCACUAUGGGGCAACAUUUAUUGUUGACCCAAGUUGACCAAACACCCUCUAGUCACUAUGGGGCAACAUUUAUUGUUGACCCAAUUCGACCAAACACCUAGUCACUAUGGGGCAACAUUUAUUGUUGACCCAAGUUGACCAAACACUGUCUAGAAACUUUGGUCAACUUGGGUCAACAACAAUAGUUGCCCCAUAGUGACAGGAAGGAAGAUGCUUUAUCCAAAAUGCGAUUCCGUGGUUUUAAAUUUAAAUUAUUAUUAGAACAAGUCAUUUAAAUAUGACGUUUUGUUGCGUAAUACCGAAAUGCAUUGGGUGCGCAUUUGGCAAGAGUUCGCAGAAAAAGCCUGAGGGACGCAUGUUUUUUGAGAUUUUGUGUACCGUUGAAGUGUUUCUCAACUAAAAUAAAACCUUUCAAACUGUAAUCAUCGUUCAAUAAUGGAAAUAAAUAAAACGAAUAAUAAAAAUCUAGAUGGGCGCUUACUCAGCUAAUUGUGACCAAGUUGAAGUCGACCCCGUCUUUAAAACCUGAAAAAGGUCUGUAUCAAAGUAAAGUGACAUAGUAUCCCUUAUACUUUUGCACUGAAUAUAGCGACAGCAAGGAUGGUAUUUUAAGUUCACCAUUUGGGAAUUAUGUCUUACAAUGUAUGGGCAGUCAAAAAAAAGACAGAAAAUCUGCCCAGUGGUAAAAUAAUGUCUUCCUAUUGUACUUGCAGUGCUAAGACGCUAUUUCGUAAGAUUUUAUAUGUUGUGCGAUGGCAUGUCUCAAUAAUUUGCGCGUGGGGUGUAUGUGUGAUCCCAAAAAAUUAAAUUUUUAAAAGAAAAAGUAAGAACAAAAUUUAUUUACACUGUACAUUGCACAGAGGCUAUUGUUUUGGCAUCGGGAACAUACAAAGAGCAAGUUCCAUCAAAGUUUAUGGUCGAAAAUUUAAUCGCUUCCCAUCCACAACCACUCAACGUGCCCACAAAUACUUCGACCUUGGCUGUCCACUAAACCAUUUAAAAGGUACCAUAAAGAAAAUUGCCAACGUCCCAGAGCAACAGCAAUUCCAAUACCACUCCCAACAAAACCAUUCCAAUGCUAAGUGACAGAUUAACUCAAAACAAUACAAAUACGAACAGAGAGUAAUUUUUAGAGAAAGUGAACAGCAUGAGAGUCAAAAUCAUGCUGGCUUUGACACCAAGUUUGCAAUCUUUCUGUCUCAACUAACACAAUCAGCCCCAACAGCUGUGAGUCACAGUCAUCUCUACCAACAACAAAUACACCAACAAAUCACACAUCCUAGGGUUAUGAACCCAGAUAUGAACUUCUUGUUAACAUGGAUUUAUUGUCAUAUAGAACAAAGAGUAAGACAAUAUCACUGACCCCGUAAAUAUAGCUAAGAAGGUGUUGGGUUAUACAAGAAAGAUUGUAUAUGAGUAUUGGAUGAAAGUAUUAUUGAGCGAGGAAGAAUAUUAGAAAGCGAGAGAAGCUGUUGGAUUCCAUCAGAAAGAUUAUAGACUAUCAGAACAAAAGAUUACUAAGAAAGAAGAAUAUUAGGAAGUCUUAUAGAAGACAAAAGUUAGUGGUUUUAAUAUUUAUCAAUGGUAGCAGAAUUGGAACGAUCUAUACUAUGACCUCAACAAGUUACAAAAAUCAACCAGUGUUAAAAGAUGGGUCCAAUUAUAUUGAUUGGAAAAAGGAGUUAGAAGUGUGGCAAGCACUUAAAGAUUUAGCUGAUGAGAUGAAAGCUUUAGGUGUAUUUGCUUUGUUAGAUGGUAAGGCUAAAAAGACUGCCUUACAACUUGACAUUCAAGAUUUAAAAACUGAAGAUAGCAUUACAAAACUUACGGACAAAUUAGACAAGAUAUUUCUUAAGAUAUAAAGCAUCGUGCAUAUGAAGCAUAUGAAAAAUUUGAGCAAUUUAAAGGAAGAAGGACAUGUCGUUACAGGAUUAUACCAUUGAGUUUAGAGACCUUUACUAUAAUUUAAAAAAAGUAUGAUAUUGAUUUACCAGAUGCUGUUACAGCUUAUCGAUAUUUAAAUAGUGCUAACCUUUCUACACAACAGAAAGAAAUUGUUCGAGCAACAAUUCCAGAUUUAAAGUAUAACUUGAUGGUUGAUCAAGUUAAGGAGGUAUUUAAGGAAUCUUUAAAUUCAAAAGAAGAUGAUGAUGCACCGAUUCAAAUUAAUGAGGUUUUGGGUGAUAGUACUUCCAACGAAACAUUUUAUGGUGCUUCACACUGCAAGGCUCCUCACUCACGGUAUGCAGACAGAGGGUGGAACAGACAUGGUCAGGGAUAUCAUGGACAACGAGAAACACAAGAGUAUAGUUUAAAGGAUUAUCGUAGAAGCAGUGGAAAUCGAAGUGACAGAGAGGAGAAUAGAAGAUCGGGUGAUCGUCCAAGAUUUUACAUCUGUGGAAGUAUUUACAAUUUUGCUAGGGAGUGUCCAGAUAAAGCUAAAAGUAAGAGUAUUGAGAAUAAACUUCAAUUUUAUACGGAGGUAAUAAUGGAAACUCUCGUUGGUGAAACAUUUACCAUAGCAGUAUUGGAUUCUGGUCGCACUAAAACAGUUUGCAGCCAGAAUUGGUUAAACUAUUAUGUAGAAAGUCUUUCAGACGAGGAUGCUUCAUCAAUCAAAGAAGAGCCAUCAUCAACAGUAUUUAAAUUGGAGAUGGUAAAGAAAUCAAAGCAUCAAAUGUGUCACCAUACCUGCUUGGCUUAGUGGAAAAUAUGUUAGCAUAACAACAGAAGUUAUAGAGAAAGACUUACCAUUACUAUUUAGUAAGGAAGCAAUGAAGAAUGCAAAAGUUUUUAUUGAUUUUGAAAAUGACAAGGUUGAAAUUCUGGGACAAGAACGCCAGAUCCAAUUUAGUUCCACUGGACAAUAUUGUAUUAGGGUCGCUACCCUAAUACAAUAUUGUCCAGUGAAAAGACUUCUGCUCAAGUAUGUCUGAUGAGGAAUAAUUUGGAUGAUAAUCAAGAAAAAGAAAAGUGGCCCUGAAAUUGCAUAAAGGUUUGUGCAUUCAUCAAAAGACAAGCUUCAGCAGCUGUUCCGAAAUGCUGAUGUAACUGACCCAGAUCUCUUAAAAAUGAUUGGUGAAGUUUCAGAUAGUUGUGAUACAUGCAUCAAGUACAGAAGAAAUCAACCAAGACCAAUUGUUGGGUUACCACAUGCAACAGUAUUUAUUAAAUGUGUUGGCAUGUAUUUGAAACAAUGGUUGUAUGCUGAUAAAAUUUGGUUGUUACAUCUUGUUGAUCUGAUUUAGUGCAUCCUGUGUUAUCAAAGUAAAAGGAAAGAAAUUAUCAUUAACUCAAUUUUUAAGAUCUGGAUUUGGGCCUGCUAAAAAGUUUUUAGUGGAUAAUGGUGGGGAAUUUGAUAAUGAGGAUUACCGUAGCAUGUGUGAGAAUUUAAACAUCAAUAUUGUUACAACAGCUGCUGAGAGCCCAUGGAGUAAUGGACUUGUUGAGCGACAUAAUUCCACAUUUGGCAAUGCUUGUCUGUAAAAUGAUGACAAACCUAAUUAUUCAUUAGAAACAGCUGUGGCUUGGGCUGUUGAUGCUAAGAAUUCCUUAAAAAACAAGCAUGGCUUUUCACCAAAUCAACUAGUGUUUGGAAGUAAUCCCAAUUUUCGAGUUAUAGAAAUGAAUGAUCCAUCAGCUCUAGAAGGAAGGACCAGUAGUCAAGUAGUUGCUGAUAACUUGAACGCAUUGCAUGCUGCAAGAGAAGCCUUUAUAAAAUCUGUAUCCUCUGAAAAGCUUAGAAGAGCCUUGAAACAUAAUGUAAGACCUUCAACAGGUGUGAAGUAUGUAACAGGAGAUAAGGUAUAUUAUAAACGGAGAUUUGAUGAUACUUGGAAGGGUCCUGCUACUGUGAUAGGAAUAGAAAGUCAGCAAGUUCUAGUGAAGCACGGAUCAACAUAUGUUAGAACGCAUCCAUGCAGACUACAAUGAAGAAAAACAGGAAACUGGAAAAGAAAUAUUAGAAGAUGAGGAAUUAAGUAGUGAAGCAUCAAUUACUAACAGUGAUGUUAAUAAUGAUACAGGUAUGGAUACUUCAUUUGCAAAUAACAAUUUAUUGAAGACAAAUAUGAAGCAAAGAAUAUUAUGCCAAACGUUAAAGAUAAAGUGAAAUACGAAAUGGAAGUUGGUUGGACAACAGGAACUGUGCACUCAAGAGCUGGGAAAACAAGUGGAAAGUAUAGGAAUUGGCUAAAUAUUGUUGAUCAAGUUGGGAAUGUUGAGAAUUUAGACUGGACAGAGGUUGAAGAGUGGGAUUUUGGUGAAAAGGUAUCACAAGAGGCCUUGAUAUGCUUGAAUAAAGGCAAUGAAAAAGAGAUUAAGUCUGCCAAGAAGAGGGAAUUGAACAACUGGAUCGAAAAUAAAGUUUUUGAUAAAGUGAAAGAUAAAAAGCAAAGUUGUAUUAGCACCAGAUGGAUUCUGACAGAGAAGAAUGUUGAUGGACAAAGAAUUGUGAAAGCUAGAUUAGUGGCACCAGGUGUUAAGGAGUUUGAAAAACCAAUUCGAACAGACUCUCCAACUUGCACAAAGGAAUCAUUACGUUAAUGUUGUCAAUUUUAGCUUGUAAGGAAUGGGACUGUAACUCUAUUGAUAUUAAAGCUGCCUUUUUGCAAGAAAAACCCAUUGAAAGAGAUAUAUACCUUAAACCACCUAAAGGAGUUCCAGAAAGAUGGAUAUGUCUGGAAAUUGAAUAACACAGUCUAUGGCCUUGCAGAUGCAUCUAGAACAUGGUAUUUCAGAGUAAAGGAGGAAUUGUUAAAGCUUGGAGUUGCAGUAAGUAAAUUUGAUGCAGGAUUGUUCUACUAUUGAAAAGAUGGGAGUCUACAUGGAAUUAGGACAACCCAUGUAGAUGAUUUUUGUUGGGGUGGUACCAAACGUUUUUUAAACAAUGUGAUAUUGCCAUUGCAUCAGACUUUAAAAUUGGUAGAUUUUAUCACUUCCAACCCCCACUUUGCUCAACAGUGGUUUAAAACCCACAGAUGAGAUACUAACAAAAAGCCAGAUCAACUAUUUCACAUAUUUCAACAUUCAAAGGCUAGAUAUCUUCAUUGAAGGAGAUUUCAAUCUUCCAAACAUCCACUGGCCAAUGCUUGAAAACUCUCCCCUAAUGUGUAACAACAAGCACUUAGGUGAAGAUAAAAAGAUGUUAAACUUGACUCUUUCCUUUCAAUCAGACCUCAACCUCAUACAGCUUGCCUAUGCUCUGCUUACGAAGAUGGGAAUAUUUCAGAUCUGGUUUUCACCAAUAACAAAAAUCUAAUACAUGACCUAGCCACUUUUCUGACCCUCAAAUCGACAUCUGCUCAUUUUAUAAUUGAACUUUUUACAACAUACAAAUCAACCUCAACAGCUCACAAACAACAACAACAACCUAAACGAAGCAGGUUCAACAAGUUUAAUUUCUUCCAUGACAACGUAAAUUGGGACAAUGUCAAACCAGCAUUACACAACAUCAACAUGAAAGAUGAAUUCACUGCUUCAGCUUCCACAACUGAAAUGCUUGAACUGUUCUACAAAAGAUGCAUUGAUUUAUGUAUUUCCCACAUCCCUGAAAGAACUGAACCAUCAAAAUCAAAAUGUUCUACAAUUCCACGCGAACAAGCCAUUCUAAUGCGCGUCAACAUUCUCUCUUAUCAUAGUCAGCUCACUUAGCCGAGAACAGAAACUAACUCAAGAACUAGUAAAGAUGGAGAAAACACUUCAUAUUUCUUACAAAAUGUCGAAAAGAGUACAAGAAAACAAAGCUAUAGUAGUAAAAAGUAUAGUAGUAAAAAAAACUCUAAUAUUUCUUCAUGCAUGCGAAGAAAUUCUCAAAAAUAAAGUGUAACAUUGGACCAUUAAAUAAUCCGCAAAACCAACUCCUCACUGAUGAUCCAGAACAGAUGGCAAAUAUACUGCCAGGGCAAUAUAUGUCUGGCUUUUGUGAGGAUGCUGAAUGCCCACCCUAAACAACAUCUCCAAUAAGAAUGAUUUAGACAAAGCUAUCAGCAAGCUUUCAAUGACAUCAGCAUCAGGUUCAGAGGACUUCCCAUCUAUCCAGCUAAAAUGCAAGUCGUCAAAUACAGCUCCACUCGCAACAUUCUGGAAAAAGUGCCUUAAGACAAGCAAAAUUCCACCCAUUCUUAAGACUGCUAUCAUCAGCCCACAUCACAAAGGAAGUAGCCAUGCAUCUGCAUCCGACUAUCACCCCAUUGCCCUCACAUCACAUAUAAUCAAAGUGUUUGGGAAGGUAGUCCGAAACAAGAUAAUAGAUUUCAUGGACAUCAACAACUUGUUUAACAACUCACAACAUGGCUUCCGGAGUGGUUGCCUAAAUCAAUUUUGGCUCACCAUAACACCAUACUAAACCUACUAUCUGAUGGGUUCACUGUUGAUACUGUCUAUCUAGACUUUACCAAGGCCUUUGACAACGUAGACUUUAGCAUCUUUCUAACCAAACUGAAAAAAGAUUGGUCUUACUGGCAAAGUAAUAAAGUUCAUUAAAUCUUUCUUUACUAAUAGAACUCAAAAAGUCAUUUCUCUCAGACUCAACAUUAAUUAAAUUUGGUGUCCCACAAGAGAGUGUGCUUGGGCCUCUCCUAUUCCUUGUUUAAUCUAACAAAUAUUUAAAUCUAACGAAUAUUCGAAUUCGAACAAGCUAAGCAAAGCAGAAUAACAUUUCAUUCUCCCUGUUGAACCAAAACAAUAUGGCCAAUUCUCAAUCCAAAUUUGAACAGGAACGCAGCAAUAAAAUUCAGCAUUAAUGUAAAAAGCGUUUGAAAAUAGCAUCAGAGCAGAGACCAGAUUUUAACAAUGAAAGCUAAACCUCAACGACUUGAUGGGGCAGGCAGAAAAUUAACUGAUAGACAUUUAGAAGAAGGGCUGCUAAAAAGAAUUUUAGACAGACGUGGCAAAAUGCUUUGUGUUUCUCUGAAGCUCAUCAUGUUCAAAGCCAAGUCUUGAUUAGAUGUGUGGUGAAAAGAAGUUCUCUCUCGUACAGGUAAGCACAAUUGCCAAAAUUUAGGAAGAUCUUUGUUGUAGUUAGACCGUCAUGCUAAUAAAUUCUAUAAUUCUAAAGGUGAUAAACAUUACAAUAUGUUACAAAGAAUGUUUUUUAGAUGAUGAACAACAACAUCUGAAAAGGACCCAUCCAAGCUAAUUAACAGAUUAGUGCCUUUCGUUAUCGAUCUUUGCAGAUUGGCUACUAAAAACUGAUUUCAACUCUUCUGAUAUCAUCGCAAUGGAUGAAACAUCUGUUUGGGCUGAUAUGAUGAGCAGUACCACAGUUAAUAAAACUGGUCAGAAAGUUGUUAUACUAAAAUCAAUUGGCCACAAAAAAGUUCGAGUCAGUGUGUGCCUUAUUGCCAAAGCAGAUGGUACAAAUGUUAAGGUUUACUGGAGUAAAUCCUUCAAAGGUUACAUCUCUGAAAUAUAUGACGAAUGGCUCGCUAAUGGCAUUCACCAUUAUACGAAGGCAGGAAACAUGAAGCCAACCCUCAGGGGCAUAGUUGUUGAAUGGAUCGUGAGUGCAUGGAAAAAGAUAUCCAAGGAUCUUGUUGUUGAUUCUUCCAAAGGCUGCGUUAAACAUCAAGCCGGAAGGAAGUGAAGAUGGGACAAUUUACUGUUUCAAACAAAAUUAUUCCCUGGGCAGCAAGUAAAGAUCUUUUAAAAGAUCAAACAAACUUGAUCAAUGAUCUGGAUAAUGAGAUGAAAGUCAACCCAUUUAUUGACUAAACAGAAUCUGACAUCGAAGAGGCAAACAUCUCUUUUAAUCUCCUUGACGAAGACUCAGAUGAGGACGAUGUUGUUGAUGUUUUGUAAAGUUGUGGUUUUAAAAAAGAAACACUAAAUUAAAUUUUUUAAAACGCUUUUUCCAAAUAACGCCAUUUUUCUUAAAAGCGAAAAGUUAAUAAACGUCCUGAGCGUUUAUUAGAGGAUUUACGAAAACACAGAUGCAGCAACUUUGCUGAUGACAACAUGAUAUAUUGUUCAUUGUUGUGGUAUCUCACUCGAGGAUAUCAAAAUCAAAGUUUACAGUGACUUUCAAAUUUUAUCAAAAUGGUAUUUAAAUGUGUUUAAAUACAGGUAAAUGUCACUGUAUGAAAAAAAGCUUAAUGUCCUCUCCCACCUUACUACUUAGUUAGACAGGGAGCAUAGGGUAAUAAUAAACUCUUUUGUUCUUUGUAAUAAACUUUUUUGCAAUCCUCUUACCGCUCAGAGAAUUCACUAAUUAAUAGAGUUUACUUAAGAUCACUGAAAAUUGUGUGUGGCCAUUAUGAUAAAGAUUUUAAUACUUUAUUAUCCUUAACUGAAACAAUAUGCAUUAACUACCGUAAUAUUUGUAAUUUAUUGAAACAAGUCUUUCAAAUAUUUGCAUAAUUUAUCACCAAGUUUUAUGAGUGAAAUAUUUAAAAUAUAACUUUAAUUUAUUUAAAAUGAGACUGUUAGAUAUAAAACAGUUAAAUAUAAAAUACAGAGCACCUUUGGCAACGAGUUCCACAACAUUUAUUUAAAAUAUUCAUUAUAAAUAAAUGUUGUGGAGCUCUUUGUCAGCUAAAGUCAAAGCAGCCAAUACUGUCGAGAGUUAUUGUCUUGCCCUAAAGUCCAUUCAAAUAACGUUUUGCACAUGCAGGCUUUGUACAUCCAAGGUUUUGGUUUUUUGACAUGAUAAAUAGUCAAAUUAUAUUAGUUUAUUCAUUUAAACUAGCUAUAUAAAUAUGUAAAUUUAAAAGUUUCACUUUAAAGGAAUGAAUAAAUGAACGGUGUUCCUCUUUUUUUUUUAUCUUCACUACUUUUAAACAAUAGGUGGCCACCUAAAAACAUAAUAAAAAAUUAAAAAAAUACAUUAACAAUUCACAUAAAACUUUGUCCUCCCCAUUACUGCCACUUCUUUUAUUAUACACAAUAAGAUUGCAAAGAUGAAAAUGGAUAUAAAGUUAUUACAGGCGAUCUGUAAUAAUCAUUAUUUUUUCCUAGCAAUAGCUGUCUUCACAGAAGGACCUCUCCACUGUCGGCGUACAGUUGAUUUAAUACAAUUAAAUAGCCUUCCAAGCAAGUUUUUAUCUGAUGUUAAAAGUUAUUGAUCCACUGUUUGCUGACAGAUAAACAGCGUCAGAUGCAAUGUCAUUUUCUACAGUGAUACUGUGUGGUAAUGAUGACGAUGCGGCAUCUGUGGCUUUCUUUUCCUCUAUUUUUUGAGGGAGAGCUUUUAUUCGUCUUGACUCUUUUAUAUGAGACGAUUUUUUGUAAUAGAAUUGUAGUGUCUUAAACAUCUUAAUCUGUCUCAAAUCGUCUUCUUGUAGUCAACAACUUAUCCGAAAAUAUCAUUUUGAAAAUAAAUUUGUCUCCAAAUCGUCUCAUUUCGUCUAUGAAUUUUCUUAAUUCGUCUCAAUUCCUGUUUGCUAUAAUAAGUUUUGUAGCGCAAGUUCAACACGAAACUUUAAAAUUUCGCUUUUGUUUGAAAAGAAUUCUUAGCUAGGAGAUGCAGCGUGAUUUUUUUGUGGAAAAGAAAUUCCAGCUAUGCAGGUGUGUCACAAUCACUGACUAAAAGUUCAUAAUGCAAGAGUUAAUUUUAAAGACCAGAUGGGCUAAAAUGGUCUGCUCCAUAAAAGUCCUCAUUUUUUCAAGUAAUUGUAUCCAAAACAUCCAACGGUUUGUAGUAAAAUACCAAAUAACUUAAUAAUAUUAAAUAGACGAUCUGGUUGGUUGGUUACUGGAAAAGAACAUUGAAGCGUCUGUAAUCGCCCUCAAGAGACCUACCUUUAACGACUAAUUAGACUCACAGCGACUC